GUUACUUGGCAUUCUUGAUCCGAUUCGUGAUUUAGGGUUUUGUAUUUGCGUUAAAAAUCGUUGGCUCUCUUUGUGCGAUAUCGCUGUUAACGAAGUGGUGGUGCUGCAACUCCGUGGAUCAGCUCUGUUUGCUAAGAGAAACGCUAGGUUGGAGAAUUAGGGUUUUGAGUUUGAUAUGCGGCAAAUACUUGGGUCGUGUCGUAGAACGGAACUGUAAACUUCGUUUUUCAGCAUGUACUUCCUAGGUCAGCGUUCCGUUUCUUUGAACAUCUGUUUACGCAGGGGUUUGAGAUUCUUAUUGGGUGUAGAAGAUGUUUUUCUUUUGCAUUAAAAGACUCGUAAUAUAUGAAGUUGUUGAAGAUAUCAAAGUUAGGGCUGUUGUGUAAGAUAUGCAGCAGCAUGAAUUGCCAUGCUGCAUCUUGUACUUUUCAUUCGCAUGUUGAAUUCAGUAAUUGGUUCAAUGACAGAAAAGCUACAUUUGAUUCUGUAGGAUAUAGACAGAUGAGUACAGUUAGAACAUGCAUGUCAAAUUCAAGAGUUGAUUGGAAGUGUCUGGAAAUUUUAUUUAACUCUUUCAUUAUGUGAUCAUGUCAACUUCUGAUUAUAAUUUGGUUACAGCAAGUGUUAAAGAUCGCCGGACUCAAAUGUCAUGCUGAGAGCGCAAGAGCUAUAAAUAAUUACUAUAUUCAUUUUGCAUUCAGUUAUUUCUGUUAAAAUAUUUUGGUUUCAGUGCAGGAUUCUAGUUUUCUCCAGGUUUCUAGUCCUGAUUCUAGAGGAAACUGAUGGCCAUUUGUUGCUAAUUUUGGAUGUACACAUUGAUGCUUGUUUCAUGGAGUCUGGAUAUUGCAUAAUUUGUACAGCAGAAUUGUUGUUUGAACUGAUGAUGAUCUUCCACCAACUCAUCAGAACAGGGGCAUAAGAGGACAUGUGACUGGUAAUGGAAGAAAUAUUGUUGGUGCUAUUCCCUAUGCUAGGAUGCAGAAUGAUAUGGAGUUUCAGAUACAUCGAAUCGAGCAAGAAGCAUACAGUUCAAUUCUUCGAGCAUUUAAGGCUCAAUCUGAUGCCAUUACUUGGGAGAAAGAAAGUCUAAUAACUGAACUUAGAAAGGAGCUGAGAGUGUCAGAUGAGGAACACAGAGAACUAUUAAGUAGGGUCAAUGCUGAUGACAUAAUUCGAAGGAUAAGGGAAUGGAGGCAAGCAGGUGGGCUCCAAUCUGGAGUGCUUAAUAAUGUUCAACCAGAUGGUGGCAGGCAAGCACCAAGCCCCACCAUCUCAGCUUCUCGGAAGCGGCAAAGAACGUCACAGCCAGCACGUUCUUUGUCUUUGGAUGCACCAUCUCCUGGUCUGUACUCACAACCUAUUGCAUCUUCCAUGCAGCCGUCGUUAUCGGCUGCAAAAAGGGUAGCUGCAACAGGAGCGAAGGGCAAAAAACCUAAAUCGGGUCAGGGAUUGCCCAGUGCAUCUUCGAUGAAGUCCAUGCAGUAUUCUUCUGCAGGUCCUAGUGGAAGGGGCCUAAUUGCAAAUAGGAACUCUUCUGGUGCUCCUGUUAUAGUCGAACCAGCUAAAAAAGCACCAUAUGAUCCACUAAUUGGGCGAAUAGUCAUGACUAGGUGGCCCGCAGAUAAUCACUUUUAUGAAGCCGUCAUCACUGAUUAUAAUCCGGUCGAAGGUCUGCAUGCUCUGGUCUAUGAUAAGGGCACAAACAACGAGACGUGGGAAUGGGUCAAUUUAAAAGAGAUUUCCCCUGAAGAUAUAAGAUGGGAGGGUGAGGACCCAGAUAUUAAUUAUCAGCCUGGGCAAGGUGCACCAGGUCGCAAGAUCAAGAAAUCCACUGGCCGUGGCGACGCCAUUCCAGGUGCCGGAAGGGGAAGAGAAACUAUCAAGAAUCAGCCUAAGAAAGAUUUUCCGACGUCUCAAAAUGGCGUCAGCAAGAAGAACACUGGCGACAUUGAGAUACUUCACACUGAGACUCUCAUAAAGGAAGUGGAGAAGGUUUUUGGCGCGAGCCAUCCUGAUCCUCUUCAGAUUGAGAAAGCAAAAAAAGUGUUGAAAGACCAUGAACAAUCACUAAUCGAUGCAAUUGCAAGACUUGCCGAUGCAUCCGACGGCGAAAGAGAAGACGACGAGCACCAGUUUUCACAUGAGCAGUACAUGGAGCGAGAUGGGGAAUGGAGAAAUGAGCAGUACGGUGGGAAGCAGCACAGAGCUAAUCAUCAUGAGGACGACAUGAUUACAGGUGAAGGUGGAGAAGACUCGGAUGGCCAUCAUUUGAUCGGGGAUGGUGUCGCAUCUGGCUACCAGCAUCACGGCGACAAUGAUGACACGUAACUGUAUCUCUCCCGCUGCCUUUAGACGCCUGCCCCAUGGCUGUACUAAAGGCAAAUUUGCUUCCUACGCCGAAGAAGAAGCGCAUAUUCUUUUGGCCAUCUCUGAGGGAAAUAUGCCGAGGAACUGUGCUUCCUAAUAUUGUUUUAUUUAUAGCUUUGUAACUUUGUAAAUGCUUAGAACGGUUGCCAUGUUUUAGCAUUGAUGUAGUUGCACAAAUGCAUCCUCAGUUAUGGUAGCAAUUAAUUAUUCACGAGAAUCAA